UGUUAUCUGAACCCACAGAGUUACACUUACUUACUUCUGUUUUCUCAAAUCAACGUUUCAAGCUCAAACCGAUCUUUGUGGUUUCCUGAAAUAGCCAAAGAAGAAGGCAAAGGAAAGUUUUGAACCUUGGCUCAAUACCUAGAGUUCCACCAGGCUCAACAGCAGAAACAACUAAAAUGCAUCCUGCGCAGAUUGUUUUAUUUGGAUCGACUUUCUGUGUCAUGAUAACAGUGCACUUUUCUAUGAAGCUACUCUCAGAUCAUGUUUUAAACUGGAAGAAACCAAAGGAGCAAAAAGCCAUAGUAAUUAUAAUCCUUAUGGCCCCACUAUAUGCUGUGGACUCCUAUGUUGGUUUGAUAAAUUUUUUUGGAAGUGAAGCAUUCUUUACAUUCUUGGACUCAAUUAAAGAGUGUUAUGAGGCUCUGGUGAUAGCUAAGUUCUUGGGUUUGAUGUACAGUUAUUUGAAUAUUUCCUUGAGUAAAAACAUAGUGCCGGAUGAGAUCAAGGGUAGAGAGAUUCACCAUUCAUUUCCAAUGACUCUUUUUCAGCCUCAUACUACUCGGCUGGACCAUCAUACGCUUAAGCUUCUCAAAAACUGGACUUGGCAGUUUGUAGUGCUACGCCCAGUGUGCUCCGUCUUGAUGAUAACUCUACAGUAUCUUGAAGUUUAUCCCAGUUGGGUCAACUGGACAAUCACAAUCAUUCUAAACAUUUCAGUGUCACUGGCAUUGUAUUCUCUUGUUGUUUUCUACCAUGUCUUUGCUAAAGAGCUGGAACCACAUAAGCCUCUUGCCAAGUUUUUAUGCAUAAAAGGGAUUGUCUUUUUCUGCUUUUGGCAGGGAAUUGUGCUUGAUCUCCUGGCAGCAUUAGGAAUAAUCCGGUCCCGUUAUUCCUGGCUAGCUGUGGAACGUAUUGAGGAAGGGUACCAGAACAUUUUGGUCUGUGUUGAAAUGGUUUUCUUCUCUCUAUAUCAGCUAUCUGCAUACAGUGCUGCACCAUACAGGGUUAAUAACAACAGUAGCGUUUCUUCAGAUAAAAAGUCAAAGUGAUUCCAGGACAUGGACUACUACUGUGUGUUAAGGUUAUCAAUGUAUGCACUUUCAAUAUCACUAUUGCUUCUCCCCAUUUCUACACGAGACAAUUGUUAAACAGUUGCAUGAAAACAUUGCGAAAUAUGCCAGAGUCUAUUAAAUAAAGGUCGAGAUGCAUUGAUGCUAAUUCUUAAU